GCAAAUCAGUCGCUGAAUGUUUCAACGAUUGCUACACCAACACCAACACCAACACCAACACCAACACCCGGUAAGGAAAAUGUAGAUGGCUUGCAGUUGUUUUUUAGGUGUCCGGACAACGCCCUACCAAGUCCGGAUUACUAUCUCCCAAUCUUAGACGAUUAGCCCUCAAGCUUAAUUGCAAUUUUAAGACGAAACUUACUUUUGUUACUCUUCUCCACUCGCGGCUGAAUACUCAAGUUCCAAUUAAUUGCUUCUGUUUUACAUAUACAAUAUUAAAGCAUGCAAAGUUAGUUAAAGAAUUGACAAUAACUUAAGAAGAAAUUAAGUUCGUAAAUUUUGCUGUAGUAUGUGACAAUCACGAAACAACUUAAGGUAGUUGUAGUAUAGCAUUUUGAAGUUUCUUUCUCGUGUUUUUGGCGGAAUAAAGUAUCUUGGAGUGACAAUAUAUUUGUGGAAAGUAACAUACUAGGUGUUUUCAUAAUGGGCUCUAGAGAUUUUGGGCAAAACGUUCGUGCUAAUGGGUUUUUGCGCGAGUUGUCUAACGUUUUGUUUUAGCGUCGGUAAUGCUUCGAAUUCUCAAAGUUCUUAUUUAACUUUCAGUUUCAGGCUCAUUAGAAACACAGACUGGUUCCUCCGCCGCUCCUAUAAACGUUAUAAUUCCAGUUCUGAUCACGCUUAUUCUCGUAAUUGCGCUGGUCAUUGUUUGCUUCAUUAGACGCAAGAGACUCGAAAGACGAGUACGAAAAAGACUAGGUAACAGUGAAGCUAACUUGGUCAACGAUGACAGUUCAGCUCAGUAUCACGACCUCCACUCACAAGAUUAUGAUUCUUCUGAAGAACUGCAAAAUAUCUUUCCUACAAGUUAA